CAACAACCUACGGACACUGAAUCCGAGCGGAAAAAGAAUAUAAAAUCCCACACGUCGCUAUUGCCCCUUGGCAUUUCAAAACUGAGCGUAUUAUUUAUUUAUUAUUGAUAAUGUUUUGCCGCGUUAUGCUGCGACUUGGCCGUCGCUUAAAAAGUUGCAAAAAUAUUAUUAUUGAGCCAAGAAGGUCGCUUGGCAUAGUAUAAAAUGAGGGGUUAACAUAUGUGGAGUAUCAUUUCGACUGUAUCUACUGCUAUACCCGCAUCAUGAACACUUUGCUCACUACUUUCACUGUACUGCUGUCAGCAGUAUACGUCACUGCCCACGGAGUAGCCGUAGGACACGGAGGUCUAGGUUUCGGAGGCUGGGGAGCAGCUGGGCAUGGUCUAGGUUUGGGAGGCGCAGGCCAUGGUGGCUGGGGAGUUCCAGCACCAGUUUGGGGCCACGGUGGUGCUGGUCUAGGGGGAUUGGGAGUUGGUGACCUCGGAUAUGGGGGUUUUGGUGCUGGAGUGCUGGGUCAUGGAGGUCUGGCGCAUGGCAUUGGAGCUGUUGCAGUACCUGCUCAUAAGGUAUACCAGGCGUCUGGAGUUGUAACUGGACAUGGAGCUGCGGGUCCUUCCGGUGUUGUCACUGGAGCAGGUGCUGUGGGACCUUCCGGUGUAGUGAAUGGGAAAGGAGCAAUUGGCCCAACCGGUCCCAACGGCCAUGGACCUCAUGGACAUGGUGACAUCGGUGUAGCUGUGGCUGCCCCAGCUGCCAUUGCUGCUCCAGCAGCUAUCGCUGGUCCCGUUUGGGGCGGUCAUGGAGGACAUGGUCUUGGUAUUGGACUUGGUGCUGGUGUCCUGGGACAUGGAGGUUGGGGACUCGGUGGCCAUGGACUUGGACUGGGAUACGGUCAUGGACUUGGGCUGGGAUACGGCCAUGGACAUGGAUGGUAAAGAAGGAGAAAAAAGUAAUCAAGAUGAAUUUACCUUUGAAAUGUGAUCACUGCCAUAAUUUAUGUACCUAUUUAUGUAUAUAGUAUCUAUAUCUAUUUAAUAUACAUUUUUCACGCAAGCCAACAUCCUGUUUUAUUAUA